UACGUGGGCAAUGGGCUGGUUCUGACAUCCACUGCUUUCACUAUGUCGGAUGUGACCAGUUACAAAAUCUUCGUGAGUUACAAAACUCUUGUGGUGGGGGCGGCGAAGAAGGUAGACGAUCGCCACGACACGACACACAGACAAAAAAGCAUCAGGGAAAGAAUGACCCAGCCUCCUCCUUGACCCUCCUUGAAACCCUUCAAAUUCUUGUAGGCUACUCAAGCAUUCCAUCUCACCGUAAGCGCCGUUUCCAGCUAAACAACACCGGUCAGUGUUUGGGGAGCGACGGUGUUCGGCUACCGAUGGAGAACUUCAGGCUGUUUCUUGUGUUGUUUGUCUCAGCCUUGUCCGUUGGAUUCGUUUCGAUAGUCUUUGUCAUACGAUGGGUUCUCUACUUUAAAGAGGGUCUUGCUUGGGACGGAGGACUUGCUGAAUUCAACUGGCACCCUUUACUGGUCGUGAUCGGAUUUAUUUUCCUCCAAGGACUCGCCAUCAUCGUCUACCGCCUCCCUUGGACCUGGAAAUGGAGCAAGCUGAGGAUGAAGUUUAUCCACGCUGGUCUAAAUAUCCUGGCAUUUGUUUUGGCCGUGAUUUCCCUUGUUGCUGUGUUCGACUUCCAUAACGCGGCCAACAUCCCCAACAUGUACAGCCUGCACAGCUGGGUGGGACUGGCUGCUGUCAUACUCUACGCGCUGCAGCUGGUGCUGGGUCUGGCCGUGUACCUGGUGCCCGCCACGCCAGGCUUCGUGCGGGCAGCGCUGAUGCCCAUCCACGUCUACGGAGGCCUUCUGAUCUUCUCCAGUGUCAUCGCCACCGCACUCAUGGGCAUCACAGAGAAGCUCAUCUUCGGCCUUAAGGACCCCAAGUACAAGGACUCUCCGCCUGAGGCCGUGUUUGUGAACGUGCUGGGGGUGCUGCUGUCUGUGUUCGGGGGGCUGAUUCUGUGGAUCGCCACACGCCCCCAGUGGAAACGCCCCAGCGACAACCAGCUGCGUCUGGCACACAGUGAUGACCUCACACCUGCACCAGGUGCCAAUGGCAGCGCCUCCAUGACAACGGGACAGGAGCUAAGCGGAGAGGCGCGCAGACGUGGGGCCGGGAAGGCAGAGGAGGCUGCGGCGGGCAAAAGUAGCAUCUAGCCCGACCUGCUCUCUGAUUGGCCGCUUCUUGGGGCUGUAGACAUAUAGUGUAUACAAAGUACGGCAUGUUUUCUGCCUGCCUGUCAUAUUUUACAACUCAAAGCGGCUUUGGUUAGACAUGUGGCAUUAGAUAGUGGCCUUAUUUACGGCAGACAUUUAAUUCAGAAUUAACUCAAUUUAAUUCUGAAUAAAACUUAAUUCCGCUUCGAGUAGAAUAGAUCAUGUAACCACUUCACAAUUCGAAAUUAAGUUAAACUGCAAUGUAAACUCCACAGAACUAUUUAAUUCUGAAUUAUUCAUUCAGAGUUAAAAAAACAUCAUGUAAGCGUAGCCAGUAUCAGUUUUAUUUUCUUCACUGAGGAGAGGUCAUUAUUCCAAGCAGGUUGAUUUUGUGUGAGAGGUCUUGUUAGUGUAGAAUAGGAAGGACUGUCUGCUCUGUGCAGGACUGCAACACCCAGUCACAGAAGUUACAUGUACUUCAUGUUUCGCAAGUUAUGUACAACUAUAUUCUAAAUAUAAAUGAUUACAUAGAAGUAUAUAUUUUAUACAAAAAGAAAAAUCUCCUCAGACUGGUCCUGAUAUCGUCUUAUCCAAACUGCUGUCUUGCACAAACGACUAGUGACCAGCGCUGAAAUGCAUAUUUAUUUCCCUACAAUACGUUUACUCUGAAAUAUCAAUGGAGAAACUGGAGAAUUUCCUUUUAGGUGAAUGUGUUUAUUACAGGGUUGGUGUUGGCAAUGUAGCCCUCUGACUUUGCCCAGCCUAGGUCUGCUGCUUUAAUAUUGCACUACUGUAUCUUCAUUGUAUUUCAAGUACACAAAAUGAUGCCAGAUCACGUCUCCCAGAUAAAAUGUAUAACAAAAGGAUAAAUGUAAAUGCUAGGGCUUUUAGACUUGUUUGUGUCUCAGAGAGAGCCGACAUGAGGGAAAUGUUCUAGGUUUGAAGCACCAUCCAGUUUUAGAGGCUUAGAAAGAUCCCAAGAUAUCAAUAUAAUUCCACCAAAAAAAUGAUAUCAUGUUACUGCUGUAGUUGUGGGAUGUUUUUUGUAUGUAUUUAAAUGAUGGUUGUGAAAGCUCAUACAGUAUGUAAGAUGAUGUUCUUUUAAUGUUUAUAUUUUUUACUAUUAAAUAUAUUUAG